GUAGGUCCCAGAGAGGACACUAAUGCAGACAGUGAUCUGCUCUAGCUGAUGAGUGGACACGAUAGUGAGGAGGAGAGAACUGAUGGCAGACCAGUGACACGACAUUCGGCACGUAGGUUGUCGUACAUGUAUCAGACCUUACGGCCUGGUGGAAAAAGGGAAUUGCGUGUAGAAAGUGCUGCCCGUUGUCAGCAGCGACGUAGGGAGGAAGCAGCAGCAGUAGCACAGGCAAGAGCAGCCACAAUGGUUACCGCAGCAGCAACCUCAGGCACAUUCUCUAUCUUGUAUGUCUCUUCUAGCAACGGGAUGAGUGCAGGUAUUUCUGUCAGUCAGAUGGCUGGCUCGCAGUACAGCAGGACAGCAGCCGGUCCAGCGACCUGUGCAGCAACAGGUACCAGCUGGACCACAGCAAAAGUGGUUUCCAAAGACCCCGAUGUCUCCUCCCGAAUCCUUCUCAGGGGACAAGAAGGAGGGGAACCUCAACACUUGGUUGAGGACAGUUCCAACAUGGGUAAAGGCCAAGCAGAUGCUUCCCGAUCAGGACGUGAUUGUGGCUGCCUCAUACCUCAAGGGUUCGGCAGCAAGAUGGCUGGAUGGUAUAGUUGGACAGACAGCUUUGGUCCGAAGUUCAAUGACUGGGCGCAGACCCAGACAGUGGACUCGUUUCUGGAGUUGGUAGAACAGCGGUGGCACAACCCUCAGCAGGCACAGCAGGCCAUUGACGCGUUGGCCAGAUUGGACUUAAAGAAGUACAAGACAGCCCACAAACUCACCAACGCCCUAAAGAAACUCAUCGUUGUCCCAGGGGUGCUGUAUGACCUCCAGAUCCUGCUAACCAUGUAUUUAAGAUGUCUUCCUCCAGACAUCAAGAAUAUGCUGGUUAUUGAGGAAAGCAUCGAUGUGCACGACUUCCGUUCCUUUAGCAAUGAAGCCUCAGAUAUGGAGGCAAAGUUAGGGAGCGCUCAGCGCGUUGCUGUCAAUGGGAGAACGAAGCAGUCCCACAAGAUUGGAAGAAGAAGAGUAAUGAUGAUUGAUUCCGAUGGGAAUCAGGAGGAGAUACACAGCAUUCCUGAUAUAGGCAGCGAGGAGAAUGUUGAGGGAGGAACCCUGGCCGCAGCAACAAAGGGAAAGGCAGCUGGCCAGCGUAAGGGCGGUCAGCAGAAGAGUCAAGGCAAGGCUCGGGUUUCGCUCAAUGAACCUGCAUGGGUGAAGGCUGGACUUGAACAUGAACAUGAUGUGUGGAAAGACCGGUAUCCGAAAGGCGCUUGUAUUAACUGUGGCCAGUAUGGGCUUACGCAGUACAAGUGCAAGAAAGCUAAGGUCUCUCAGAAGAUCCCACCCACGAUGGGUGCUGGCGAAUCUUCAGCCCAUGGAGUUAUGGCUCAACAUGAGGGGAAGAAGUUGAGGUCGAUCGAGUAUAUGGGCAAGAAGAUGUCAUCUCAUAAGUUGGCAAAGUCCACCUACAAGCGCAAGCUCUAUGCCCUCUACAAGGCACUUAUCCAUUGGAGGCACUACCUGUUGGGCAGAUUCUUCUACGUGAGAUCUGACCAUCCGACCCUCAGAUGGAUUAAGACGCAGCCUACACUCUCGGACGCACUCAAGCGAUGGAUUGAGGUCAUAGAUCAAUAUGACUGCAGGCUUGAGUUCUUGAAGGGUGAGUACAACAAGGUUGUAGGCACACUCUCACACACGGCAUAUUUCUUGGGUGCGCUGAUCACUGAGUUUGGCUUAUCUGACAACAUAACUCGAUCCAUGGUGCAUGGUUACAAGAAAGAUCUCGUGAUGAUAGACAUCACCCGCAAACUCGAGGCUAAAGAUGAAGUUACCACUGACGAGUUUGUGGUGGUGGACGGGUUACUCUUUCUUGAGAAGGCAAGGAAUAAAAGACAGAGCGUUUCCAUGGACUUCAUGGAUACCCUCGUGACUAGUACGAGUGGCAAGAGACAUAUCUUUGUUGUAGAUCGGUUCACCAAGUACGCUAGGUUAGUUGCCAUGCGAGAGACUGCAAAGACUGAGUACGCCAUCCAGUUAUUCAUGGAUAACUGGAUGCUUGAUUUCGGACUGCCCAAGUCAAUUGUUAGCGAUAGAGAUGUUUGUUUCACCAUCGAGAUGUGGAAGAAAGCGGCUGAACAGUUGGGCAGCCAACUCCAAAUGAGUUCAAGGAAUCAUCCCAAAGCCAAUGGCCAAGCGGAUCAGAUAAAUCAUGUGGAACAGCACCCGUUGCGGCAUUACAUCAAGCCCAACCUAGAGGACUGGGAUGAGAAACUUCCUCACAUCGCCAGCCUGUACAACAACGCAGUUUACAGCACCACUGGUGUCUCUCCGAAUGAGCUGCACUUGGGUUGGAAGCCUAGAUCAGCGUUAAACUUUCUCUUUCCUGAAAAACAACGAGCCGCGAUGCCUGGAACCAUUGAAUUUGGUGUCCAGUAUGAGAAGGAGUUGCAGCAGGCUGUCGAGCAUAUCAAGAAAGCUCAGGAAUAUAUGAUAGCAUCUGAGAACAGACCCGAACAACAGUCCACAUUUCAGGUAGGAGAACGAGUCUGGGUUAAAGCCAGUGAGUUAGGACAGGAGUUCGCCAUUUCUAGGAAACUAAUGCCUCAAUACAUUGGACCUUGGGAAGUCUUGGAUAUCGUGGGUAGUGAUCCGGAUGGUCCCUCCUAUGUGGUUAGAAUCCGUAGCAGCCAAAGACGAUUCCGGCAAAAUGUCAUGUCUGCACCACCAUUCUUUAACUACAAGAAGAAAGAUGCGGAAGCGGAAGCGGAAGCGGAAGCGGAAGCAGAAGAAGGAGAAGAAGAAGAAGGAGAAGAAGAAGAAGAAGAAGAAGAAGAAGAAGAAGAAGAAGAAGAAGAAGAAGAAGAAGAGGCUGAGGAGGAGGAGGAGGAGGAGGAGGAAGAGGAGGAGGAGGAAGAAGAAGAGUAAACGAAUGAAAGGAGGAGGACAUAGAAUGCGCCGUACUUACAGGAAGCACUUGUUCUGGCUGGGAACGUUGUCAUGGAGCACCCUUUCCACAAUGCAGUCACACAUGUCCCACCAACAUGGCAUUUAAGCUUCAAACUACUAGCGGCAUCAUCACAGAACCCCAGACAAUGGGAAUGAAAAGGUAUUUGAGCG